AAAUAAAAAUCAGAAUGAAAAAUUGAAACAAAUAAAAUGGGUUGACAUGACUUUGUACAUGGAACAACAGUGCAUCUUCCUUUGAAUUUCCCAUGAGGUUCUUCCAGUGCAGUGCUUCCGCUAUGCAUAAUAACCAUGGCUACAUCAUCCAAAAAUUCAAUUACUUUACCCAAAAACUGUCUGAGCAUUGCAGCAUCAUCAUAUACAAAACAAGGUUAAAGAGCAUCUUCAUUUAGAGCUUUGAUCCAUAUUCAUGAUGGGAGCUGAAAAAGCAUUAUUCUCCAGGCCUAGAUGCUCUUAUCAUGUCUACUUGAGUUAUAGAGGCAAAGAGAUCAUCAUGAACUUUAUCAAUCUCCUACACACAGCAUUGACUGAUGUAGGUAUUCAAACAUUCAAGAAACAUAGUGAAGCUAGAAAAAUAAAGAUUGUUGGAUCAGAAUUGCAAAAGGCAGUCAAGGAAUCGAGGAUUUCAAUAAUUGUAUUCUCGAAAGAUUAUGCAUAUUCUAGAAGGUGCCUAGAUGAACUUGUGAACAUCCUUGAAAGGAAGCAAACUGCUGGUCAUAUGAUUCUACCUGUGUUCUAUCGUGUAGAUCCAUCCCAUGUCAGAAAGCAGACAGGGUCUUACGCGGAAGCAUUUCAUAAGUACGAAGAGCAGACGAUGGUGGAAACUGUUGAAAGAAAAACUGAACACAUAGCAAAGGUAAAGAUAUGGAAAGCAUCUCUCAAGGAGGUUGCAAAUAUGGCAGGGAUAGUUCUAGAAGAUGGGGAUGAGCUGAAGUUUAUUCAAGAAAUUGUUGAGGAUAUUUGGGGUAAGCUGUCUCGCAAAGUUUUGAGUUUUGCCCCAUAUCCAGUUGGAAUAUAUCCCCGUGUAAAAGAGAUUAGUUUCUGGUUACAAGAUAGCUCGACUAAUUCUCGUACACUGAUGAUUUAUGGAGAACCCGGAAUAGGGAAAACAACCAUUGCCAAAGCUCUUUUUAACCUACAUUGUGACAGAUUUCAAUGCAGCAGUUUUCUUGCAGAUAUUCGAGAAAUUGCAAAAGAAAGCUGUGGUCUGAUUAGCCUACAGAAAAACCUUCUUUCAGAUCUUUUGAAAGAGGAUAAGAUUGAUCUAAGUGAUAUUGAUAGAGGAGCUUCCAUGAUCAAAGAAUGUUUAGUCCACAAAAAGUUUCUUCUUGUUCUUGAUGAUGUUGAUGAUUUGAACCAACUGAAAGGAAUACUUGAUUCAAGAGAUUGGAUUCCUCCAGGGAGUAAAGUGAUUUUAACAACUACAAAUGAACGCUUGCUAAACCCUCAUGAUGCUUGUGUGAUGUAUGAAAACAAGAAGCUGGACAAUCACGAGGCGCUUCAGCUCUUCAGCUUGCAUACUUUUGGUCAGGACCAUCCCGUCAAGGAGUACAUGAAGCAAUCCAAGCAGAUAGUCAAACAUUGUCGAGGGGUUCCUUUAGCUCUUCAGGUUCUAGCCUCUUCGCUACGUGGUGGAAGUAUAGAUAUGUGGGAAGAUGCAAUAAAGAAACUAGAAAGAUAUUCUGAAUGCCAUAACCAUAAAUUCCUUGAACUAAGCUAUGAAGCUUUGCCAGAUGAUCAUGAUAAAAAUGUAUUUCUUGAUAUUGCUUGCUUCUUUGUCGGGAAGGACAAAGACUAUACAAUCAAAGUUCUUGAUGAUUGUGGUUUCCAUGCUACUGCUGAAAUACAGAAUCUCAGUGAUAGAUAUCUCCUGACAGUGACUCCUGACAACAAGCUAAUGAUGCAUCAGUUACUACAGGAAAUGGGUAAAGAGGUCAUCUGCCGAGAAUCACCCAUAGAACCUGGUAAACGCAGCAGAAUCUGGCAUCACAAGGAUGCCCCGAAUAUAUUGCAGGAAGACACUGUUACAGAAUCUAUUGAAGGGCUUGUUCUUAAAAUGCGUGGAUCAGAUGAAAGCAAACCAGAGAGACACGAAAGUAUAUCGAAACGACCAUACUUUGAUGAUUCACAGAGUACUUCAACAUUGACUCUCAAGAAAAAAUCAUCAAAGAGGCUUUGCCUAGGCUUUUUCUCUUGGCGUCAGGGGAAUUCUGUUUCAACAAGAUCACAGACUGUACAAACUGAAGCUGGAAUGAGUGCUAAAGCAUUUUCUAAAAUGCAAGAAUUGAGAUAUCUUGAGCUGGAGAAUGUCCAGCUUUCUGGCACCUUUGAAGGAUUUCCAAAGAAAUUAAGAUGGAUGUGCUGGUAUGGAUUCCAAUUAACAUCCUUCCCUAGUGGUUUCCCUCAUGAAAAUCUUGUAGUUCUUGAAAUGAGAAAUAGCAACUUGCACCAAACCUGGGAGGGAGCAAAGUCUCUACGAUCAUUGAAGAUACUUGAUCUUGGUCAGUCACAUUGUCUCAUGAAGACCCCUGACUUCUCUGGACUGCCGAAUCUAGAAAGAGUGAUUCUUGAAGAUUGCAUAAGUUUGGUUAAGGUCCACGAGUCCAUUGGAAGACUCCAUAAACUUCUUGUCUUAAAUCUAAAUGGAUGCGUGAGCCUUAGAAAGCUUCCGAGGAAAAUUGGGGAAAUCAAAUCCUUAGAAGAACUAACACUCUGUGGGUGCUCGAAGCUGGAGUUUUCCACAAUAGUGAGAAAUAGUAAAUUUUUGCAAGUUCUUCCAUGGAAUGUGACUAACAGAGAUCAAUUUGCCUCUAAGGCUGAAAAACCAAUAAGCAGCUACUCUCUGCCUGCUAAAUCAGUCUAUUCAAUCUUCUGGUCUCGGAUGUCAACGUGGCCAAAGUCAGCAGGUUCAAUGUCGGAGGUCUUUCAAAUCAACUUACAAAGUUUGGAUAUUUCACAUUGCAAUCUGAUUGACGCUAUUAUUCCCUAUGAUCUUUCAGUCCUGUCCUCUUUAAAAUACCUGAGUUUAAGAGGAAAUCCUAUUUCUACCCUGCCAGAGAGCCUGAAGAGCCUGACUAUGCUGCAGUCCCUUCAGUUAGCUGACUGCACAAAGCUCCAGUGGAUCCCUGAGCUUCCGUUGAGUUUACAAAUAUUGAAUGCUCGUAACUGCAGAUCACUGAGCAGAGUAACAAACUUACCCAACUUCAUGAGGUCACUUGACUUGCUCUUAGAGAAUUGUGAAAAACUGGUCGAGGUUCAAGGAGUAUUCAAGCUAGAUCCUGUUGAAGACAUUGAUGAUAUCCUCGAUCUGUCUUGUCUAGAUAAUUUGGAGGCCAGAGCAGUAGAUGUGGAACUUUGCAACUACCUGACGUCCACGAAAAGCAAAGGUCCAGUACAGGGACUGUACGAAUUUGGAAUACACAACAUGUUUGUUUCUGGAGGCAAGGUUCCUACCAAGUUCAAUGCUAUAAACACAGGGAACUCAAUAGCUUUUACUGUGCCUCAACUUCCUAACAUCAAGAUCCAAGGAUUUGAGAUAUGCAUUGCUUAUGCAGAAUAUUACGAAGAAUGUUUCAGUGAAAGGCAGUUCAUGAAAGUGAGCAAUAAGACCAAGGGAAUCAAAUGGAUUUAUGGUCCAACAGUCUUUGGGACUGCAGGUCCUGGUAAUCCAAUGCUAUGGUUUAGUCACUGGAUGUUUGGAGAUCGGCUAGAAAGCGGAGAUCAAGUUGUUGUUUCAUUAAGCAUGAGUUGCUUGGUUAGGGAAUUCGGUGUCCAUCUUGUAUUCAGUGAACAGAGGGAGGAAGACACCCUAUCUGAGAUUGCAAAGGAGGGAGGACGUCAUCGUCCCUGCUAUUCACUUCAACAUGCAAUUGGAGGAGAUUUGUCUCCUUAUGAGCUAAGCUCAGGUGUCUAUCACCUCUCCAUUUAUUCUUGAAUUUUGAUGCAAUUAUUGAAAAAUUUAGGCUCUAAAUUCCCUGUCACCAAUUCACCCUUCAGUGUAAAUGCUGGGAUUAUCAAUCUUUUGGUUCAUAGAAGCCAGUUUCCAGUCUCUGGUUAAAUAGAGAAAGCGGAGUUGGAGAUUUGCUAUAUUAUAUACUUAUUGGAUAAGAUUAAAAUCUCAUCAAUAUAACUUUUGAUCUCUUUUUUAA